GAGGGUUGUGUCGUCGAGAAGAAAAGCAGUAUUCUCGCAGUAGUCUGUGGACCAGCUCCCACACGUGCUUGAUAAGCCUGACAUCUCGUGGUCACGUUGCUAACCAAAAGACCCCAAAUAUGGCUGACAAUGGAAUGGGAUGGAUCCCCGGUUUGGGAGACAAUAAGCCCCAGUCCCGGUUGCUAGGGAAAUCUUUCUUCGGCUAUGUGCCCGAUGCUUUUUCGAUGAAGACUCCCGCAAUGCCUUCGGAGAAGCCAUCACCAAAAGAUUCUAAAGAAACAUCCGCUGCUUCGAGUCCUGUGAGAACGACUCACCGCAAGGUACCCGAGAGCCUGAGUGGGAUCUUCAAGGAAGAGGAACUCAAGGUGAUAACAUCUGGCGGUGACAGCCAGGAGAUCGUGACAGAGGAGGUAGAGGCCGAGCGGGUCAUUCAUGAAGAGGCUUUGCCUUUGGUGAGUGCACAGAACAGGCUGCUAAUCAAAAAUGGCAAGGUUGUGAAUGAAGAUGCAAUGGUUGACAGUGAUGUUUAUAUAGAAGAUGGUGUUGUUAAGCAGUUGGGGCGGAACUUGAUAAUCCCCGGAGGAACAAGAAUUAUAGACGCUAGAGGAAAAUAUGUCAUUCCAGGUGGCAUUGACCCACACACGCACUUGCAGCUGGAGUUUAUGGGAGGAGUAAGUGCUGAUGACUUCUACCAAGGGACAAAAGCGGCACUGGCUGGAGGGACCACCAUGAUAAUUGACUUUGCCAUACCCAAGAAAGGUGAAUCUCUCAUUGACGCGUAUGGAAGCUGGAGGAGAAAGGCAGAUGAGAAGGUGUGCUGUGAUUAUGCUUUACAUGUUGGUGUUACGUGGUGGUCAGACAAAGUGAAGGAAGAGAUGGAACAGCUGUGUAAGGAGCAUGGAGUGAACUCUUUUAAAAUGUUCAUGGCAUACAAAGACUUUUAUAUGCUGCGAGACUUUGAGCUGUAUGGUGUGUUUGAUAAGUGCAAACAGCUGGGAGCAAUUGCACAAGUGCAUGCUGAGAAUGGAGACGUCAUUGCUGAGAAUGUAAAGAAGCUUCUAGCCAGAGGUAUAACAGGACCAGAAGGACAUGCACUGUCACGUCCUGAAGAUGUAGAGGCAGAAGCAGUUAACAGAGCUUGUGUUAUAGCAAACCAGGUGGAUGCCCCUCUUUAUGUGGUGCAUGUGAUGAGCAAGUCUGCUGGGGAUGUGAUAAAACAGAAGCGGUGUCAGGGGCAAGUGGUGUUUGGAGAGACUAUAGCAGCUUCACUGGGGACAGAUGGGACCCACCAUUGGAACAGAUGCUGGCAGCAUGCAGCUGCACACGUCAGGAGCCCCCCUCUGCGCCCUGAUUCCAAUACACCCAACAAACUCGUGGAUUUCCUUGUCUCUGAUGUUCUUCAAGUGACUGGGAGUGACAACUGCACUUUCACUGCCAGUCAGAAGGCUCUCGGCCAGGAUGAUUUUAGCAAGAUUCCAAAUGGUGUAAAUGGUGUAGAAGAUCGAAUGUCAGUUAUCUGGGAGAAAGGUGUGCAUUCAGGAAAGAUGGACCCAUCACGGUUUGUGGCCAUCACUAGUACAAAUGCUGCCAAAAUAUUCAACAUCUACCCAAGAAAGGGUUGUAUUUCUGUGGGUUCUGAUGCUGACAUAGUAAUCUGGGAUCCAAAUAAAACACGUACCAUUUCAGCCAAAACCCAUCAUCAUGCAGUGGACUUCAACAUCUUUGAGGGUAUGGAAUGUCAUGGAGUUCCGGAGUAUGUGAUUGUCAAUGGCAGAGUUUGUGUGGAUGAAGGUGAUCUGAAAGCUGUGCAAGGUUUUGGACAUUUCAUCCCAACUCCAGUCUUCUCUCCAUAUGUGUACUCCAUGGUGAAGAAGAGGGAAGAGGAGAAAUCAUCUAACUCAGUGUCAAGUGCUGCACUUGUGAAUGACACUGGUAGUGUGGCUGAUGGCAAUGAUGGCAAGCCGUCCACACCCACACCUGUUCAGGAACCACAUGUGGAGGCCUCACAGGCUCCUGAACCCCAGCUUGGUACCCCCUCCAGUAAGGGUCAGAGGAACCUUCAGGAUUCAACUUUCUCCAUCAGUGGUGAGAGCCCUAAUGGGUUGCAUGAACAAGAAUCAGCCGAACUGGAUGACACCGCUCCAAGAUCAUGCAUCAGAGUGAAGAAUCCUCCCGGUGGCCAAUCUUCAGGAGGUUUCUGGUGAACACAUCAUCAUAUCAGAUCAGCUCUGCCCAUAUGUGAACAGACCAAAUGCUACCUGCAGGGAAAUCACAUUUAUUUCUUCGUCAGUUUAGCGAAAUUAUUGCAAUUAUUGUAUAUUUCUGUUGUGGAUUAUUAUUAUUAUUAUUAUUAUUAUCAUCAUCAUCAUCAUCAUUAUCAUUACCAUAAUUUUCAUUAUUAUCUGCUGCAGUCAGCAUAUUGUAUUACAUAAUAUAUCAAAUUCCUGUGUUUGUAUUUUAUUAUUUGAUUACAGAUAUAUUUUGUGUGCAUUAAUCACACAUUAGUCUUGGGACUGAGCUUGCUGCAGAAAUCCAUCUCCAUGUGAGAGCCAAAUUUAUUUGAAUUUAUUGAAAAUUUGGGAACAUUUUAAAAUUGGUACAUGAUGUUCCUUCACUAUCCUUCUGUAUGUUAUGGAUGUUAAGAAAGUAUUUAAAGGAAAUGGAUUGUUUCAUCAAAUAUCUAACCUUGGGAAAUGAAUUGCAUAU